AAAAGUUUCUUUGUGAAAGAUCGUAUUUGGAACUUAAGUUCGAGUUUUGGUGUGUGUUUUCGGGGCACGAUUUAUUGUGGGCACUGCGGCCAUGCUUGUGGCUCAGUGCGCGAACAUUUGGCGUCGUCUGAUUCUUAUUGCAAUAUAACGUUAAAACUCCACAGAGUGUCGUUGUGUGUUCGUAUCUUACACAAACGAGAGCGAAACGGGUGUUAAACUCGAGAAACGGAUCGGCGCGUGCGGUGGGGCACAGAUCAGAUGUUAUUUGGACUGCGUCUGUGCUGCCGCAUGGAGGGAGGAAGCACGAGAGCGCAUUGUUGUAAUGGCGGACUGUAUUAUCUGCGAACGGGAUUUUUGACAAAAUUAAGACGGAGAAUAUUUUCCUCAUCUCGCUUGAUGUUUCUGAUUUGUUUCACUGUAAAUCGAUUAUAAGAAAGAUAAAGGUUAGUAAAUAAAUAACUGCUAUUUUUUAAUAAGGGGGUGUGUAUGCUGUUGAAGGAAGGCCCCGUCAAUGCGUCUGCGAUCCAUUCUAGUCAGGGGGCGGGGCCAGUGAGGAGCUCGGCAUCAUGGGAACUGUAGUUUUUGGCGCUGCCAAAGGGACUACGAUUGUUAUGUAGAGAUUUUUUUGCGGUUAUUAAUCGGAAGAAAUUGAAACUUAAUAAUUUGUUUUAAUUAAGGAUUUAAUAUGUUAAAUGAAAACUAUCAGGUUACCAAAAACAGAAAACAUUUCGAAUGGAAAAAAAUAGUUUUAGAUAAAACCAGCAGCUAAAUGUAAAAACGUUAUUAUAAUAAAAAAAAAACAUUUUGUUUGUACACAUUUUAUUUAUGUGAAAAAACUUAUUUAUAAAAUGUAAAAAAGUAGUAGGCUACAAAACUGCCUAGUGAUGUUUGUUUAUCAUUAAAGAGACGUCAUUCAGAUUGCCUGUUUAAUUUUUACUUUUGGUUCUUCAUGUUUAACUUUCAUUAUAUUGUAUUAUUUAUAGUUCGAAGAUUGUUUUGCUCAUCUUGCUUAAUGUUUCUGAUUUGUUUCACUGUGAAUCGAUUAUAAGUGAUGUAAACCGAUUCAAUGCGUCUGCGAUCCAUUCUAGUCGCGGGGCGGGUCCAGUGAGCAUUUUGGCGCAGGGCAUCAUGGGAACUGUAGUUUUUGGCGCUGCCAAAGGGACUACGAUUAUGUAGAAAUUUUUGCGUUUAUUACUCAUUUAUAAGAAAUUGGAACUUGUACAUUAAUUUUGUUUUAAUUUAGGAUUUAAUUUGUUAAAUGAAAACUAUCAGGUUACCAAAAAGAUAAACAUUUCAAAUUGUUGAAAAAAAUUGUUUUAGAUAAUUAUUAGAUAUUUUAUUUGUACACAUUUUAUUUAUGUGAAAAUAAAACUUAUUUAUAAAAUAUUUAAAAAAAAAACGUUAUAAAUGUGUAUAAAACUAGUAGGCUACAAAACUGCCUGGUGAUGUUCGUUUAUCAUUAAAGAGACGUCAUUUAGAUUGCCUGUUUAAUUUUUACUUUUAGUUUUUCAAGUUUAACUUAUUAUUAUAUUGAUAAGCAUUGCAAAGAUGCAUCUUGGAAAUUUUUAUUUAUAGUUCAUGUGAGUGGCGCAUUGUUGUAAUGUGUGUGUAAUUGUUGUAAACGUGAUUUAAAAAAUAAUUAAGACUGUUAAUAUUGUUUUGCUCAUCUCGCUUGAUAUUUCUGAUUUGUUUCACUGUGAAUCGGUUAUAAGUGAUAUAAAGGUUAGUAAAUAAAUAACGACUUUUUUUAAUAAGGGGGUGUGUUUACUGUCGAAGCAAGGCCCUGUCAAUCCGUCUGCGAUCCAUUCUAGGGGCGGGGCCAGUGAGCUGUUUGCCGCAGGGCAUCAUGGGAACUGUAGUUAUGGCGCUGCCAAAGGGACUACGAUUAUUAUGUAGAGAUUUUUUGCGUUAAUUACUCAUUUAAAGGAAGAAAUGGGAAUUUUGUUUUAAUUUAGGAUUUAAUUUAAAUAUCAGGGACAUGAAAGCUAUCAGUUUACCAAUUGAAAAAAAAAAGUUUUGGAUAAAAGAAAAGAAAUUGCUAAUAGAAACACAUAAAAACAUAUUUUUAAACAUUUUGUGUUUUGUAGUAGUAUGCUACAAAACUGCCUGGUGAAUUUGUUGGUACAGAUUGCUUGUUCAGUUCUCCAAGUUUAACUUAUCAACAUCUUAAUAGGCAAAGACGGUUUCUUAAUUCUGAAAAUUGAUGCAUAUUGUAGAUUUUUAUUUACGAUUCAUAUUAAAUAAUGUGUUGAUGAAUAAAACUGAAACGAAUGGCAGCUUGUCAUUUGUAUGCUACAAGAAACAGAGUAUUUGUGUGUGUGCCUGGGGGUGGCUGCUCUGUAUCUGGCUGCGGUUGUGAUUUGGCAUGUGAUCUGUUUGCUGGAUUUGAAGCUGCCUGGAUGCAAGGAAGCCUCAGAUGUGUCUGCACAAUUGUUCUCAGUGUUUGUCUGUUCAGCUGAGUCAGUACUGAUAAGAGAGGCUUUCCAAAGCUUCCCCGAGAUGCCCAGACAGGGAGGAAGUUCAAUUAGUGUUUGAUUUCCUCACCCGAAGCGUGCAUGUGGCCAUGAGAAACCGUGAUUUCCAAGGGCAUGAGUUUAUAGACCAUAUGGUUGAACCAGCGUCCACGAAAAUGAUUUUAGCAAACAUUCCCCUAACGCCCGAGACGGCACGCGACCAGGAACGGCGCAUCCGGCGAGAGAUCGCCAACAGUAACGAACGGCGGCGCAUGCAGAGCAUCAACGCAGGCUUCCAGUCUCUGAAGACCCUCAUCCCUCACAGCGACGGAGAAAAGCUCAGCAAGGCUGCCAUCUUACAGCAGACGGCUGAUUACAUCUUCUCACUGGAGCAAGAGAAGACCAGACUGCUGCAACAAAACACCCAACUCAAACGCUACAUACAGAAGGAGUUCAGCGGCUCCUCCCCGAAGAGGAGGCGUGCCGAGGAGAAAGAUGAGGGCAUUGGCUCUCCAGACAUCCUGGAGGAGGAGAAAGUGGAGGAUCUUCGGCGAGAAAUGAUCGAACUCAGACAGCAGCUGGAUAAAGAACGGUCGGUUCGAAUGAUGCUGGAGGAACAGAUCCGCUCACUGGAUGCCCACUUGUACCCUGAGAAGCUAAAGGUGAUCGCCCAGCAGCUCCAGGAUCAGCACGUGCAGACGCAAACUCUCCUACGUCUGCAACAACAUGAACAGUUGGAGAAAGAGACGACUCCUGCUCGCAGCCCACUGGUGUUUUCUCCUGCCACGCCUCCUGCUCCCACCCAUCAUGCCACAGUUAUUGUUCCCGCCCCUGCGCCGCCUCCCCCUCCUCAUCACGUCAACGUGGUAACCAUGGGCCCCACCUCCGUGAUCAACACAGCAUCCACGUCACGACAGAACUUGGACACCAUUGUGCAGGCAAUCCAGCAUAUCGAAGGCACACAAGAGCGGAUGGUCGUGCCCGAGGAAGAAAAGCGCCGAGCGGUUAUCGUCACCCCGGGUCGUGUCCUCACAGACGCAGCAGACUCCGACACUGCCUCCGACAACGAAGGGACCGAGGACUGUUAACUGCCCCGGACACCCCCCAAACCCCCCGACUGUAACGAGGGGGGGCAAGGAAAGGGGGGUGCGAGGGAAAGGCCUCCUGCAGAAAUCCUUUUUCUCCGUUCUCUCUAUCUCUCGCUCUCUUCACGCACGCAUACGGGAAUCACAAAUGUGGACAGACAAAAUGACUUGAAGGUUUAUUGACAAAAAAAUGUUACAGAAAGUGUGCACACAGAGGCACGCUCACGUAUACUCCCACAGUACACUAGCACUCUCCAUACGUUCAGAUAUAACAGGCUCUUAUUCAUUCUCCAAUGACUUUCUUCUGCACGCUCGUGAGUAAACGAUUUCGUGAACGAAAUCUCACAUGGACUGAAAUACUAACAGGCCUUCAUUUAUCUCCUACAUCCUGCGGUCUGAUUGGAGGAACUCAUCCUCACUCUACAAGAUGACGUCAACUAAAGUCAAGUCGAACUCUUUAAUCCCCUUUGCCCCGCCCCUCUGGUAUGCCAUAUUCCUCUUUUCAUUCUGGGGAGGCUUGAAGUAUCACUGUGAGCCAAUGAGACUUCAGAAACCUGUUUCACACCACGGCUUCCAAAAACCUUAGAGGAAAUGUUUACUUUUCUUUCAACAUUUUUUUUUUGGUGCAGUUACGUUUCUACUUCUCCAUCGCCGGUGAUCUGCUGGAGCGUCGGUGGUCGCUCUUGCUAAAAGUUCUCAAUCGAGGGCCGAAUACCGGCACUGCUGGAGGGGCUUUGUGCACUUUGUAAAUAAUGCAAAGUCUGGCGCACUUAUUGUGGCUCACCUUUACUGGGCUGGGUUCCCAGUACGCACACUGGUGCAGGUGAAGCGUCGCCCCGCCCCGAUUUUUUUUAACGAUUUUUUUUCUGUAUUGUUCGUCAGUAAAUUGAAUAAGCUAACCCAUGUAGUUGUACCUGCAAGUGUGCACACGCUUUGAGUCGAGAGCACUACCAGGGUUUUUUCGCCCGGGUACAGCCUAUGCAGUUCGCACCCUGACUAGGGUGUUUGGUGGCCCUUUUGUCAGAAGUUAGUCUGUCCCCUAAGUAGUGUUAAGCUCUGUUUACAGUGACUAGCCUGUAAUCUUGCGCAUUAGCUCUAUGCACUCGCUGGUGAAUGUUUUAUUUUUUUCCCGUUUCUCAUAGUGUAUGACGUUCAUACACGUACGCCACAGAUAAUCAGUUUUUGUAAGGGGGCGCGCAAGACGUUUUUUAAAUGCGUGAGCUUCGACUCUCGACGUAUACGAAGCCAUGCGAUACCGCGAGCUCUGGCGGGACGGAGAGCGCGCGCGUAUCGUGCCUGACAGCGGCCGGUGGCUUGCCUUAACACAGCUUCAGAGGCCUUAAACGAACCCUGAAGGUGGCGCUAGAGAGCAGACAAGAUGGCUUACGUGAAACAUUCCAGAACAUUAUACCGCUGUGUUUGUGUUCACGGCGUGCCGGUGCUUGAACCGGCGAAAUACGUGCUUUUGCCAUCUGAAGACGAGAUGGCAAGUCUCUUUUUUUUGACUGAAAAUUUAGAAGUGUGCAUGCCCCCCUUCCCUUAGGAAAUAUUACAGGGAAUCCUUUUGCUGCUGGACAGAUUUUUAAAUUUUUCCCCUUCUGGAUCUAUCAGGUGCUUUAUCAGGCACGCUUGCUCUGUUCGUGAUGCAGGGAAUCGGGGCUUCCGGAAGAACUGGCUGGUCGUUUUUGUUUUUCGUUGAAGUCACACAUUUCUAUUUGGUUUGCUUGGGUCGUAAAGACUGUCCUGCUUGUGCUGUCUUACGUUAAAACGGUUUUGUCUUUAGGAGAACAAGAAGUCCCAGAUUUGAACAUUUCCUCUACCGAAGCCACAGGGUGUCUCUCUUUGUGUAUUUUCUACUUUCAGAAAUCACUGUAUGAACUUUAGAGGACAUAUCAAAGAUUGGGUGUGUUGAGGAGAACGGACGCUCGGGGUCAUGUAUGAACGCGAAGCACUUACUGUAGUAUAAACGGGGAGCGGCUCUUGUUUUCAAAGAGUCUCCUCCUCGACCGAAGCUCUUCUCGCCGUGUUUUGUACCACACGGCCGUGUAACCCUUACGUUGUCUGAGCACACCACGUCCUCUGGUCGUUUCUAUCUCCAUACCGUCUCCUGUCUCGCAUCAUCUCUCUCCUUUAUCGUCUGUCAUCUCUUUAUUUUUUUGUUUCUGUUGUUUUGCUUUACGUGAGACAGUUAGUCCAUUUGGUUGUUGAAAAGCUAUUGUAUUUUUUUUUAAACUGGGGAAAAGAGGCUUGUGCCUUUUGUAAAAACAGAAUAAUAAAGUUUGUACUUUGUUUUUUACAA